AUGGGUGAACCAACCCAUAUCCUUGAUCCAGAUGGAGAAGCUAUCAUAGUCCUGCAAAUUCAAACGCCCCUUUCACAGUCUUUGAUGAACUACCCCCCAUCAAUACCCGCUAAAGCCUCGCAUAAAAAUCCAGUCAAAGCAAACCAUCAUCUGAUUCUUGUGUCGCCUGCGUUCAAGAAGAUACUGACUGGUGGCUCAGUUGAGAUUACCACCGAAAACUGGGAUCCCGAGGCGCUAUUGAUCCUACUUAGGAUUCUUCACUUCCAACUUCAUAUUGUACCUCGACGGUUGAUCCUUGAAUUGAACGCUAAGCUGUGGCUGUGGAUUUCCUGUCUUUUCCAGCUCAGGACUAAGUUCAAAGAAGCUACCUCCAUUUCCAUGUCACAGAGCAACGGGUGGAUUGCAUCUUCUGGUCUUCCCAUUCAAAGUACUGAAUAA